CCUGCGCAUCAUCAGGUGAAAACACCCCAACUGCAGACAAUUAUGAAACCAUAGUUGACCAAACACAGUUGGACCUAGUGGAGGAUGUGAGUCUUGCCUCUGAGGAGACAAACCCAGGCAAGCAUCUGCCAGGAGAGGAGGCUGCUGCCAUGAUUCUGGCCAUAGAGGGGAAGAUCGAUUCAGUCAGUAAAAGGCAAGAGCCAGAGGGCACCGAGCCCCUGCCUUCAGGAGUGGAGGAGAGCUCUGAGCUGCCGUCUGCGUGGCGAGAGGAGAGCCAUGGGCCUUCACCUCCAGCACCGGCAGAAGAUGCUGGAGCACCAGCACCAGCGGAGGACAGUGGGCUGGUGGAGGGCAGUGACAGCUCUGUAGAGGAAAUCAUCGAGAAAGUACAUAUUACUGAAGAGGACCACCUCGUUGCUGGUGAGACUGGAGAAGAGGUGGAAACUGAGCUGCUCAGUGAGAUGGUAGGUGGAGGGCCUGAAACAAAAGAAGAAACAGGAGAAGCUGUGGAUAGUGCAGCAGCAACAGAGAUAGAGACAGCUAAUAACAAGGAAUAGAAGUUAUGUCUCUAUGAACAUCCUCUUCUGGGCCUGCUCUUCUGUCCACAUGAACAUUUUUUAAUUUUAUUGGGUUGGGAAAACAGAAAAGCUUUUAUGGAUUGUACCACAAGCCAGACAUGAAUAAGAGACAUCAGAAAAAGUUUUAUAUAAUAUAUUUUUUUUUGAAGUCAAGCUGCCAAGACUUCAAGUGUUUGAAAUACCUGAACUUUCACCUCCCCUCCACAGAGUGCCUUCUGUACACAGCUAGCACAGUGGGAUAGUUUUCCAACAGCAGCAUAAACAUUCAGUUUUCAAUUAGGAUUUUUUUUCCAGGUUCGGAUAACUAACUUCAAACCUUUGAAACCUUCAACCAGCACUAUAUAGGAUGAAGAAUACAGUGUAGCUUUUGUGUUUUUUUUAAUGAUAGUAUGUAGGCAAUUUCUCUGAGUGCCUGGACUACCAGUGUAUGGAGCUGUGUAGAGGACUGGAAGAUGAAAGUGCUCAUUUACCAGGCUGUAACUAAAUGCAGAGGUGAAUCUUCUAGUAAAUGAAGGUUAUACAGUAUGCAGUGUCCAGGACCUGAGUGAGUGUCUUACUCUCCAUUUUUAAACAUAAAAUCAUUGAAAGGCUGGUAGCACAAUGUAUGUGAUGACUUCUGCAAAAACACGGAGAAGAGGGCAUUUUUAACUAUGAGUAGGAUGUUUUAGUCUUCUAAAUCCUAGAACACUUAAAAUAUAAAGAUAACUUCACAGCUGUUAACAUUCAUGAUGAUUAAUAAUCUGUCUUUAGCUGUGUAGCUCUUCAUAUGCAUUUGUGGUUUCUAAAAUAGAUUUCUAAUCGGAGACAUAUAUAAGCCUGUUCCCAAAGGAGAGGCCAUCUAUUAUAUGUCCCUGUAGUGCUGUCCUCCAGGAGAAGUAUGCUAUUAGGGACUGUCUGGGUUAUUUUCCAAAAUGCUAAAUAAUUGUUCUGGAGCUGAAGCUGAAUGGCAAAGCUUUCAAACAAAUUUCCUGUGAAAACGGGUCCUGAAUAUAACUGCUGUUCUGAAUCAGAUAGAGAGUAGAAAUUUGUUCUGAUGGUGAAUGUUGCAAAGGGACUAUAUAUGAUAUAUUAUUGGGGACUGUGUUUACAGGAUUCUCUGGCAUAGGGAAGUAGAAUAUGGAGAAAAGGUCAGUUAUCUAAAAAGGGCAAGCACACGUUGCUGUUUUAUUAGCUUUAUUGUACAAAAGGACUUCACAAAAAUGUUUACUGUCACCAGCAAAUUAUACAAAUCCCCUCUAAGAGCUAAAUUUUGUGCUGCAUGUGCACAUCUGAGUCCAGCUGCCUUUGUGUUAAAUAAUCUAAUUGAUAUCCUUGGCCCAUCAGCCUUUUAUGUAAGCUGAUUUUCCUUGGCUAUAUCACUAAACCACCAUAAACUUUUAGAACCAAAA